GGAGUUGAAUUGAUCAUGGAAAUAGACACAGGUUCACCGGUUUGCGUUGUUCCAAGGGGAGUGUACGAGAAACAUUCUCAGUUUUGGCCACGGAUUCAGAAAGCCCGGGUUAAGCUUAGUUGCUACCUUGGAAAACUGCCAGUCCUAGGAGAGAUACCAAUGAAGGUCUCAUACCGUGGAGAAACAGUGGAGGCGGCAGUGACAGUAUUAGACUGCGAGGGCCCAAGCUUGUGCGGCAGAUAUCUCAUUCAGAAGCUAAAUCUACAAGGGAUUCCUGUUUUAAGUCUCUCAGGAUUGAGAGAGAGUACAAGUCAGCAGUCUCAAGGGUUACAAGCGUUGCUGCGAGAGUUCGGAGACUUGUUUACACCGGGUCUGGGACUGAUAAAGGGACCCCCUGCGCAUCUUUACCUGAAGGAAGGUGCAGUGCCUAAGUUCUGCAAGGCGAGACCAUUGCCAUACGCGCUCGUGUUUGCCCGUAACUAUGGCACCGGAGACAAGUGGGUGCCGGGUAUCGUGAAAUCGACCUCUGGAGCUAGAAUGGUGACUGUGCAGACGCCUUCAGAAACGGUUCGUCGACAUGCUGACCAGCUACGCAGCAGACACCCAACAAACGACGAAGAUGCCGCACAUCAACCGGAUCCAGGACCACUGGAACAGCAAGCCGGAAGCAAGGAUGGAGGCCAACGACAUCGCCCGUCCGUACCAAAUGGUGAAGAGCGAACUGUUCAAAGUGCAUUGCCAGUGCGUCGAUCCAGUAGAGUACGCAAGCCAGUCGAACGUUAUGGUUUUUAAGUUAGUUUGAGUGUAAAGGGUUUUCUUAAGAGGGUGGAAAUGUUGUGACGUCGAAUAUAUUCUGUAUCGUCGUUUUCUGGGCAACGGUAACGAGGAAGACGAUGCUGGAGCGCGUGGUUGUUGUGUUCUGUUUUUCAAGGCAAUAAAGACGCACACA